UGAGAGCUUGCCAUCUUUAAUAAUAACAAUAAUAAUUAAGGGGGGGGGGGGGAAGCCACAAACCCUCCCUGUAUUUUCUGAAGUCUGUGACAAAGCAAGAUUUGUGAGGAGGCUGCUCUUGCUCUUGCCAAACAAUGGUGCUGCUUUCUGAGAGCUGCGAGGGAGACUGAGGGUCAAGUCCCUUUAAAAAAAAAAAAAGUGAAAUACAGUAUUGUGCAUCUUGAAAUCUGAAACCAAGAAACAGAAGUGCAAGGGAAACAAGGGGGAAAGUCUUCCAAUUCCUGUGGACAACUGUUGCAAGUGGAGUUUUAAGGAAUACAAUAUAGAUCUAUAUCUUUUAAAGGUCAUUGAAUGGCUUUUGUGGAGAAACCUGUGAAAUAAAGGAGCCUUGGAAGAAGAGAUUUCUUUUUCUUCUCCUCUCUGGAUAUAAUGGCCAUUGCAAAUCAAAGCAUCUUGAGAUUUGGCUUCAAGUGUGUCUUCCUAGCAAUUUUUACACUCACCUGUGAUGGACACGGUGGAAAGAGAGAGAAUGGUGGUCCUGCCUGCUACGGAGGAUUUGAUUUGUAUUUCAUUCUGGACAAAUCAGGAAGUGUCCUGCAUCACUGGAAUGAGAUCUAUCAUUUUGUGGAGCACUUGGCUCGCAAGUUCAUAAGCCCUCAGCUGAGGAUGUCCUUCAUUGUUUUUUCAACCAGAGGGACAAUUCUAAUGAGGUUAACAGAAGACAGGGAGCAGAUCCGCCAGGGCCUGGAGGAGCUGCAGAAGGUGCUGCCAGGAGGGGACACGUACAUGCACGAAGGAUUUGAGAGGGCAAGUGAACAGAUUUACUACGAAAAUGUUCACGGUUACAGAACUGCCAGUGUCAUCAUUGCAUUGACAGAUGGAGAGCUCCACGAAGAUCUAUUUUUCUACUCUGAGAGGGAGGCGAAUCGCUCUCGGGACCUGGGAGCCACCGUGUAUUGUGUGGGUGUGAAAGACUUCAACGAGACCCAGCUGGCCCGGAUUGCUGACAGCAAAGACCACGUCUUCCCAGUAAAUGAUGGGUUUGAAGCCCUGCAGGGGAUCAUAGACUCUAUUUUGAAGAAGUCCUGUAUAGAAAUCCUGGCAGCGGAGCCUUCCAGUAUCUGUGCAGGGGAGUCCUUCCAGGUCGUGGUGAGGGGAAAUGGUUUUCGCCACGCCCGCAACGUGGACCGUGUGCUCUGCAGCUUCAGGAUCAACGACACUGUCACCCUCAAUGAGAAGCCUUUCGUGGUGGAGGACACCUACCUGCUGUGCCCAGCCCCUGUGCUGAGGGAAGUUGGCAUGGAAGCAGCUCUUCAAGUCAGUAUGAACGAUGGUCUGAGCUUCAUCUCCAGUUCUGUCAUCAUCUCCAGCACACACUGUGUAAGUUUGGAUUGCUGAAAUGCUUCUGUGGGAUGCUGGGAUUUAGCACCAGAUGUGUGUUCCAGCAGCAGCAGGGCUGUCAGGUUGGGUCUGCCUGGAGUGAAGGACAUGUUCCCCCCUUGAGUGUGAGUUUGAACUUGUGGCAAUGUGACAUUUCAGGUGUCGUGUGCCAUAAUGUGGCCAAGCCGUCCAGGGAAUGCCUCAGGCUCCAGGUCUGUGCUGGCACAGGAAC